ACCCUAGAAAAACCCUAGAAGCACGAUGGGUAGCGUGAUACAUGAACAGCAGAAUCAGAAAUAUAGCUUGAUAAACUUUGAGGAGACAGAACUGCGUCUGGGGUUGCCUGGUGGAAUAUUAAGCACUGCUGGAAAGGAUGGUGAAGCUUCCAAGAACACUGGAAAGAGAGGGUUUGCUGAAACUGUUGAUUUGAAGCUCAAUAUUUCAUCCGAAGAUCAGUCGGCUGGUGAUGAAGAUCAAGUGGUGGACAUGAAGAAGGAGAAGGAUGUUGCUCCUGUUCCUAGGUCAAAUGAUCCAACUAAGCCCCAUGCUGCCAAGGCUCAAGUUGUAGGUUGGCCACCCGUCCGAUCAUUCCGAAAGAACAUCCUGGCCGUCCAAAAGGAUGUCUCGGAUGAGGGUGAAAAGACCAACAGUGUCAGCGCAGCAUUUGUUAAAGUCAGCAUGGAUGGCGCACCCUACUUGCGUAAAGUGGACUUGAAGUUGUACAAAAGCUACCAAGAGCUUUCUACUGCCUUAGGCAAAAUGUUCAGUUCCUUCACCAUCGGUAGCUACGGGUCACAAGGAAUGAAGGAUUUCAUGAACGAGAGCAAACUAAUAGACCUUCUGAAUGGUUCUGAGUAUGUGCCUACUUAUGAGGACAAGGAUGGAGAUUGGAUGCUUGUUGGAGAUGUGCCAUGGGAAAUGUUCGUCAAUUCAUGCAAACGUUUGCGAAUAAUGAGGGGAUCUGAAGCUAUUGGACUUGCACCAAGAGCGGUGGAGAAGUGCAAGAAUAGAAGUUGAAGAAGUUGCUAGAUUGCUUUGGGUUGAUGUUUCGGCCAUGGACACAAUCAAAUGAAAGUAGACCGGCUCCGCAGAGAUGGAGAGCAUGAAGUUUCGAUGUGUCUGUGACCCUGUAUUUUUUUUCUUCUUUUUGGUCCUUCUAAUGUUUUUAACUAAAGUUAAGAAUAUAUUCUGAGAUUUGUUAGGGACGACAAGAAGCAAUAAUAUAUAUUAUAGAUGUU